ACAAGUUACACAAAACACGGACACAAGCCGUGCUAUGUGUUGCAGUGGCCAAAUUCCCGAAUCCUUCUCGACACACCAAUAGACUAUACCCCGUUUUUCAGCUUCAUGCCACAUGUGUAUCAGAGUCCGCGAUUCAAAAAUGCGCAUAUCGUUAAAAAAUUCGGUAUUCCAUAUAUCAAAGAGCUCUCGCACCGGGUCUAUAUCGACGGACCGCCUGAAAUUUUCCAUGUAUCGGCAGAAAUGCUGAAAAUGGACCGAAUCGACGCGAUUCUAGUGUCCAACUACGAGAACUUCAUUGGCCUGCCGUUCUACACUGAAAAUACCGGCUUUUCAGGCAAAAUCUACGCUACAGAGAUUGCUUUUCAGUAUGGAAAAUUGCUCAUGGAAGAGAUGCUGGAAUUCAUGGAGCGAAUCGAAGCGCGGCCCGACGAUGCGACAUGGAAAAAAGAGGAGAUUUGCCAAAAAUUCCCGAAUGCGCCGUCGAUGAAUCCGAUGACGUGGGCAUCGUUCUACAAGGCAGCCGACAUGCAUCGCUGUUUGACAAAAGUGAUCACAUUGAGUUUUAAUCAAACCAUUGAGCUAUUCCGUGUCAAAGUCACCCCAAUCGUCUCCGGACACACCUAUGGCUCAGCAAACUGGAUUUUCGAGACGGAAAACGAGAAAAUCGGAUAUCUAACAGCGUCGAAUCCAAUUUCAACAGAUGUGAAGCCAAUGGAAAUUGGUCCAUUGAGAAGUGAUAUUGAUUAUUUGAUAAUCAAUUCGAUGAGUCGCUUAAUCGACACUUCCACCCAGACAAUGGGCGUUUCUCUCACCAGAACUGUCACCGAUUAUUUGAAAAAUCAUGGAUCAGUGAUUUUGCCAAUUUGUCCAGUUGGACCCAUUUUUGAGAUGAUUGAAGCGAUUUCCGAUAUUAUUAGUUCUACGACCGGAAUCUCCCCUGACACUCCAAUUUAUCUGAUUUCUCCAGUGGCGAAAAGCGCCAUCGCAAUGGCGAGUAUCAGUGCUGAAUGGAUGUCCGAAUCCCGUCAAAAGGCGGUCUAUCUCCCAGAAGAACCCUAUUAUCACAGCCAAUUCAUCAAAUCGGGACGUCUUCGAAUUUACGAAUCCUUGUAUGGAAACUUCUCGAAAGAAUUCAAAACGCCGUGUGUGAUCCUCGCCAGUCAUCCAUCGCUCCGUGUCGGUGACGCUGCUCAUAUGAUCGAGGUGCUGGGAUCGGAUCCGAAGAAUGCCGUCAUUAUCACAGAUUCCGAUUUGCCAUGUGAAGAGGUUCGAGAACCGUUCCGCAACCUGCCCAUCAAAUUUAUCAACAUUCCAAUGGAUUUUCGAAUGGACUUCGCCACGUUGGACAAGAAUUUGCAGGAGUGGAAGCCGAAGGCAAGUGUCAUUUGCCCGUCCGCCUAUUCGCAACCAGUGCUCAAUCGGCCAGACUUAAAGAUCACAUAUGAGAACCUAUGGCCAAUCAAGUUCAACGAGACAGUCAAACUGUGGAAAAUGACAAGAGAUCAGACGAAAACCGUCACGGUGUCUGUGCAUCCGGAUGUCGUCAGAGAUCUACGAUUCAAACAGCAUCCGACGAAAAAGUUGGCAAUCGCUUCAGUUGCCUGCAACCUCUCCGCCUACAACGACGACUUCAAAUUGGUCCCAUCCAACUACCCGGUCAUCAAACAGAAAUACGGAAAAGUCACCCUUGUCAAACUGCUCCGCGAGCUUCGAAAACGAAACCUGGACCCACACGAAGAGACGACGGAAAACCAAAAAACUACAGUACUCAAUAUUCCGAUUCUUCAAGCCAAAAUAACAAUGAGCAAUGGCGGAAAACGUAUGAAAAUUCAGUCGAACGAUCCGACGGCCAGAUGGGAGCUACAGGAGAUGUUCAAUGAUUUUCUGAUGGAAGACGAUGGAAUCGUCGGAAGGCCAACCAGAGAUGUUAGA